AUGCUAGUGAAGCUUUUACUCAUCGGUAAUAUAAUUGGAUUGGCAAAGCUGGUCAAAGACUCAGACCAUCCUGGAUAUCACGAUGGCUCAGUGCACGUUUCUGAGACCUCUGCAUACCCCCAGAGGACUCCUGUGUCACAUGAAGAAGAAAGUUCUUGGGAGGCAGGAAGGCUCAGGGAGAAUAUUCAAGAUUAUCCUUCAAGUGUGAUCUCCUCACAUCAGGAAGAGAGAGAGGAUUUUGAAGCUGAGAGCCUGCCAUCCCGAAAUGGAAACUGGUGUCCCUUCACGCUCUCCCGGAUGGUAACAUACAUAGAAGCCUGCAUGAAGGAGAAGUACAUUGUAAACUCCCAACAGCCCUGCCUAAAUGGAGCACCAGACUGUCAGAAGAUCAUGUACAGGACAGCUCUGAAGCCAGUCUAUCAAGUGAAACAGAAGGUUUUGAAGUCUUUGCAGUGGAAAUGCUGUCCUGGAUUUAUUGGCAAAGACUGUAAACAGCAUGAUCCCAAUUUUAUUCUGGUGCCAGAAAACCAAACUGAAGGACAAGAAGAUCUCUCAAACCAGAUGUCAACAUCAGUGGAUUCAAGAGAAAUGUUGGAAGUCAUUCAAAAUCAUGAGGCUUUACUGGAUGAUCUUCAAAGUGAUAUUCAUCAAGCAGUCAGCAACUUAGGUGACUUACAGAGAAUAAUUGAAAACAACGGUACAAGCAUGGUGUUAGAAGUGAACCAGAGCAAUUCAGAUCCACAGGAAAGGCUUCUACAGCAAGUUUUGUUUCCCCACAUUGAGAAUUUUCUAAGGAAACAUUUUAACCCCAUGUGGGUAAGCUUCAACAGAAGCUUACAGAAUCUGUCAAACAUAGUAAGAAACCUGUCCCAUGAUGUGGAAGCCAACAAGAAAAGCAUAGAAAGGUUCCAGGAGAGUACUGUGCCCAAAAGGGAAUUCCAGGAGCUGGGAACUAAAUUUGAAUCGAAAGUCCAAGAAAACUUAGUGAAGGUCGAUCAAGUGAAAAGAGAUAUAGAGAACCAACUGCAAAUGCAGCAGGCUGGUAUGCAUUAUAACCUCAACACAAUCAAGGCAGACACUGACACAAAGCUCAAGAAGAUUCAUAAAGUACAGCAGUCCCAUUUCUUAGCUCUGAAUGAGAGUAUAGCAAAGAUGAAACAGGAGCAAAACAAUCUCGAAAAUAAGUUUGAGACUUUGAAAAGAAAUUUAACAGAACUCUUCUCACAGCAUGGUCCCAAAGACGAGAAUGCCCAGUUAACCAGCCGACAAAUCAGUGACGUCCUGGCAGGGCACGCGAAGCAGCUCAAAGAGCUUUACAUGGAGUCAGAUGUGGCCUUCCAGAACAUUGCGGUUUUAGAGAGGUGGUUUAAGGAGAUGAAAAAAAAUAUCUCAAAGUAUAGGCCAGAAGAUCUGACAGUAACUCUAAUGGAGAAAUCAUUUAUUAUGGAAGAAAACAAAGCAGCAACGGAGAGGCAAAUAUCAGAGCUCAACGACACUCUCUCAAAUCUUCGGGAAAACUAUUCGGAUCUGUUGAGGUACAUGGAGGAAUGCAAUUGCCAGAGAAUAUCUUCUGACACUGAUAUAUUGGAGGAAGAAGACUUACAAAAUACCACUUAUUCCCUUGAAGGCACUCAAUCAAACUUUAAGGAUAUGCAGCACUUAGAGUCAGUUUUCAGAGAUCUCUUAAGGAAUGAAAUUGAAGAGCUUUCUUCCGCUUUUCCAUCCAUCCAUCAGUCCCUUAGCCUGCGUCAAGAAGAAACCAGGCAGCUUCAGUCACAAGUUACAGCCUUUUCAGAAGACAUCAGCAUUUUGAAAAAGAGAGAUGAAGAAAUUCAUCAACACAUCAAAUACCUCAAUAGUUCUUUUAUCUCUCUUUUAAAAGAUGCCAUGCGGCAUGAAACAGCACUGGAAGCUCUACUAGGAGAAGAACUAAUGGAAGUCUUGUUUGAAGAAGAUCCUAGUAUCCUAAUCACAUCAGUAUUUCAGCUGCAAGAAUCUCUCAGAUAUAUCUCAGAUAAACUCCAAGAACAAAAUAGGACUUUAGAUUCUCUUACAAAGAGAUUUCAGCACUUGGAGGGAGGUCAACAGAAUAAUCAUGACACUCAUACGUAUCCUAAGCAUCCCAAAGAAGAAACACAAACUUCCUCUAUGCUGGAUGAAGUCAGUAGUCAAUACAGUGUGGCAGAACAUAUGGAACCAAACUAUGAAGCUGCCAUUGAUGACUCUUUGGACAGCUCAAUUUAUAAUGAUAUCGUGACUCUGAAGAAUGAUAUCAAACAUUUGAGCCUGGCAAUCAAGAGGCACGAAUCCAUCAGAGACACAAACCUCUGCUGCAAUCAUACAAUAGGAAAGGUAAUUGAGCCACUCAGCACUUCUGUGGAAAACUUCUCAGCAGAUUUAACAACCCUCAAGCAGAAGCUGGAAGAACAUCUGCUGAUCUUUAAAAAGCUAUUUGGAAACAAUGAAGAAUUAGUUGCCUCAAACAUAAGUCUGGAUGUUACAAAGAUUCAGUCAAUGCUGACUAGAAAAGUGAGGCGGCAACAGAAAGGGCAAGAUAAACAGAAGGACAAGAAAAAGCCUGAGAAGCACAGAGAAAAUAUGCUAACAGUGACUGGAAGAAACAAAGUGCAGACAGGACCUCUGGGAAAAGACUCACUGGUGGCAUUCCAUGUGGGAUUCACAGGAAAGGAUAAAGAAAAAACUCUGAAGUUUAAUGAAACAUACUUCAAUUAUGGAAAUGGUUAUUUCCCUGAAGAUGGUUACUUUAAAGCACCACAUAAAGGUGUCUACCUGUUUGUCAUCUCCGUGGAGUUUAGUUCAGGGCCAGCAUUAGGACAGCUCUCCUUCAGCCGAGGGUACAGAAGAACUCUCUCCAGCAGUCAGAGGAAAACACCAAAUGGAAACACCAUGACUACUUUUGCUAUGGCAGAAAUGGAGAAGGGAGAGAGAGUAAGCUUUGAAUUGCUGCAGGGCUCUGUUGUGAGACGGAGUCCACCUGGGACAACAAUGGGUGGAUUCCUACUGUUUAAAACUUGAAUAGUGACAUUUUGCUGUAUUGAUACCUUUCCAUAGAUGCAAUGGAUCAAUUAACUAUUGCUUCAUCUGUGAUGUAUUCAAUCCAACUGCAUGUGUUUAAACAUAGCACUACUCUAGGUUUGUCUUCAUGCUUCUUUUCUGGAAGUGUUUGGCUUGUAAUUAGUUGCUUAUGAGCAGCGAUGGGAUUUUCUUUCAAGUAAUAAGCUAGCUGUUUGGACUCCAAAUACAUCAGUGCACACAUUCCCAAAUCCUUCCACUGUGAGCACUGCACACAACUAGAAAAAAUGGUUUGUGAGACUUCCUACACUUAUAAUCUCUUUUUACCCCUGGCCAAAGUGUACACUCCCAUGACAAACACUGACACCACUUGCAAGAAGAAGAUUUUAGGCAGGACUGUAUGUAUCAGGUCACGUGUUUUGUGAACAGCAGCUUCAAACUAAGAAACCAGGAUAGUUUUACCUUUUAGUUCUUGUGUGGACCACAAGCAGUAACAGACUGCCUUGAAAACUUCGGCAACUCACUCCAGUGUUUCAGUCUGUGCACAACAUGACCACUAGAAAAGAUGGAUCAAGAGCAGUACGUUGCACCCUAUGCUAGGAUUUGUCAGCAAGGAUGUUAGAAAUGGCCUGGUCUUUUUGCUUCUGGGCUUUCUGAUGCAUUUCAACUCUAUUGCAGAAAUUUGAGAGCAAUAAAAUAUUCUCAAGAUGAAUUACAUUUAGACAUUAGGAUUUUUUAAAAAAUAUUGGUGAAAGUGGUAUUUAUUUCUAGAGAUAAUCCUAAAUAACACGGCAAAUUCAGCCCAAAAUUCAGCAUUUACUAAAUAGUUUUAAGCCAAGCAAAACUAAUAGCAAAAAUAAACCAAGUUCAGUGGACUGCUGUCAUGUGGAAUAUAAAAUAAAUUAGAACAAACUCAAGAGUAGAAAUUCUGAACUGUGGAGCUUUGGUGGGUUUGUUUUUAUUUCCAAAUUCUCAAGAUGACCAUGUCUGGUCACGUCCUAAAUGUUUCUUCUGUGAAAUAAAGUAACUCAAAGGCCUUCACUUUAAAGAAUUGCAAUUGUUUUGAUGUAUUUUCCUUGUCUAUCCCAAUGUCUUACAAAACAAUAUUAAAACGAUUAAAAUUGCCAAGAUGAAGCUGAUUGAGAAAUUCCAAGUAAUUUUAGGGAAAGAGAUAAAUUCUUAUAUCCUUUGAAGGUAACAUUUUCUAACAGAAAUAUGUGCUGCUGUUUCUCCCCAACUACUUGUUUUCUAAGCAACACUAAACCUUCAAAAUUAUUAAAUCCCCACAUCAGUACCAAUACACACUGCAUUUAAGACAACACUUUGACAAGCAGACACUACCUAUCUACAAAGCAGUUUCAGCUACUGACUUGAAAAGAGGAUUGAUCUCCAUCCUGAGCAAAUGAUUGAAAAUGAUCUCACUCCUAGUAAGUGCUGAUUUUCACCAAGGAUUAACAGACUGAGUCUUGCCACUUACGUAACAUGGAACACUUCUGCUCUGUGGCAGCCAGCACAAACUGCCUGCAAGCUCGGUGUCAUCUUCUGUCCCACAAAUGCUAUCUGAGAAAGGGAAGAGAAGAUGGAUUUGAAGAAGUGAAAUGCCCAAAAGGAAGAAAGGCGUCAGUGGUCCUCCAGUUAGAGGCUUCUGUGGUGGCAGUGUUCUACAAUGCCAAGCAAAGUGUGAUAUCUAGGUCACGGUAGCUCAAGGAAUUCUCCAUCUUCAGUGCAAUUCUGGAGCUACCAGCUAAAUUCCACAAUUAAAUACAGACAGAAAAUAAAUACACACACAUUUUAAAACACCUUGCUUGAUUUUUAAAGCUUCAACUGGAACAAAGUUGCACGGAGCAAAGCUGGAGGUAGGUAGGUUCAGACUGGACGUGAGGAGGAAGUUCUUCACAAUGAGAGUGGUGAGAACCUGGAAUGUGCUGCCCAGGGAGAUGGUUGAGGUCUCAUUCCUGGAGGUGUUUAACGCCAGGCUGGAUGAGACUCUGGCCAACCUGAUCUAGGGCAGGGUGUCCAUGCCCAUGACAGGGGAGUUGGAACUAGAUGAUCCUUGUGGUCCCUUCCACCCCUGACUGAUUCUAUGACCCUAAAAACUAGUUACUUGGAAAAGGACGCAGUAGGCAGCAUACAGGGGAGCACUUCAUCCAGACAGGACUUUGGAAGGUUUGGUAUCCUUAUUCUUACCAGAGUUCACUUGUUUUGCAGAGUAAGCCAGGCAAAUUCAGAGAUCCUUGACACGAGGGCGAACGCAAUGUUAACAUAUUUUCUUAUUUGUAUUCUUCAAAUAUGUGCUUAAAUUAGCCACCUGCGUGUACAAAGAAGACACACUUGACUGAAAGACUCUGAUGUUCAGAUUAUGCAGCAAAAGUAAAUGCAGGAUAAUGGAUUAAAACAUUCUACUGGCUGCAUAAAUCAGGAAGUCUUACUUCCUUCUCAAUCAACAAGGGAAAGAAUUAAGCUACUGGACUAUGUUUUUUUCUUUUUAAUUAAUACAUGAGCUUUUUAAUAAACUUCCAUCUAAAC